AUGACUGCUUUUGCAUCCAGCAAGGGCGGCGGCUACCUGCAGCUGGCCCGUGUUCCUGUGCGAGGAGAGGGCGGCUCGGUGGCCUUCUUCACCUACCACAUCCUGUACAGUCCUUCUUACCGGGUUCCUGUCCUGCACUUCACCGCGCAUGAUUCAGCUGGCGCCACCAUCCACGGCCUAGACAUCCUGCCCCACCUCCCGGGCCCCGCCGACGGGGAUGCCUCCCCGCUAGACUCGGUCCUGAGCCAGGAGGACCACCCCUUUCUGGACGAGCCCUUCUUCCAGGUGCACCCCUGCGCCAGCCAGGACACCCUGGCCCUGAUGCUGCGCGGUGCACGGGGUAUCCCGCAGGGCACCUCACAGCUCCUGCGCUACAUGAUUGCCUGGCUGAGCGUGGCUGCCCAGCCCGUCGGCCUGGCCGUGCCCCUCUCCCUGCACCUACAAACUCAGCCAGGGCCUUAA